UGAUCUUUCUAUUCUGCAUCUCAACAUUUUCACUCACGGUCCCCACAAACACCUUCAGUCACCAUCAUGUAACAGACCACUCCGUUCAAUCCAAAAGUCCCAUGGUCCUUUCGUUUUAGGAUCAAGGAUGUUCCUUUCCCUCUUCUGUCUCCAUCCUUUCUUCUCAACCAUCAUUUUAAUACAACAACACCAUGCACACCUAUUCCCAUGUUAUUGGACACACCACCACCUUCAUUCUCAGCUUAAUAAACAACACUCACACCAAAACCAAAACCUGAUUAAUCAAAGUGGAAACUUUGCAUUUCCUGUUUUUCUUAACUUACUCUCUAUCUUAACUGUUUAAGCUACAACCUAAGGUUUACUAGCUUCAGGGCACUUCCCAAGGGCACGUGAAACAAGGGGUGGGCUAGGAAGGUCUCAGAGGCGAGUUUGAUGUCUUUGCUUCUCAAAUCAAGAAGCAGAAACUGAGAAUUCAUAAGGACUUCCUUGGGUGAUGCAUGUUUACAAUGCGAUUGCUAUGGGGGUUAAGGCUGCCUCUACUCAUAAUACUGAUUCAUCUUUUAUUUCCCAACAGAUCAACCUACAAAUUCCACGCUGAGGCUUUGAUCACUUUCAAGGGUUCGCUUGGAGGUCCACAGCAAUUAGGAUGCAGCAUUGUGAAAUAUCCAUGUCAAAUGCAAUGGCCUUGUCUUGACUGCUAUAAACUAAAAGAUCCAGGUGGAGUAACAACAAAGAUAGAUGGGAAUAAUGACAUUCCAACACUUACACCUCUUCCAGAAACUCAAGACAGAAAACCAGGUGGAAGAAGGAGUUCUGCCGUAAUUGGUAGCGUUAUUGCUGCCAUAGUUGUCGUUGUAAUCCUGGUGACUGUCUAUAUCUGCUUGAUGCGUGUUAAAAAAUCUAUGAGGCAAACAUCUGAGGUUGCUUCUUCUAUGCCAUCUCCCACCGUUGAGAUGGGAAGAGUCAACACGCAGCAUGUCACUGCUUUCUCUCCACAAAACACAAGGCAGUUAACAAUUUUGGAACUGGAACAAGCAACACAGAAUUUCAGUCGUAAUAAUAUCAUUGGUGAAGGUGGAUUUGGUGUUGUAUACAAGGGCUUGCUUCAAGAUGGUUCUAUUGUGGCUAUAAAAAGGCGUCUAUUUGCUCUGACAAAAGAUUUCGUCCUAAAUCAGGUGAAACAGAUAGCUCAUAUUCACCACAUCCACCUGGUCAAGCUCAUAGGAUACUAUGAAGAUAGCCAUCAACAAUUACUUGUAUAUGAAUAUCUCCCUAACGGCAAUGUAGGGAGUCACCUAUAUGACAGUGAAGGUUUACCUGUUGGAAGGUUAAACUUGUGGCGAAGGUUGUCUAUUGCUUUAGGCGCAUCCAAAGGAGUGGAACAUCUUCACAGUUUGGUUCCUCCUUUGGUUCACACAAACCUUAGAACUAGCAAUGUUCUGUUAGAUGAAAAUUUUACUGCCAAGGUUUCUGAUUAUGGAUUCUGCAAACUGCAAACACAAGUUGAUCAGGCAGGCUCGUCUUCAAAUGUAGACUGUUUUCUUGACCCAGAGUUGAGCUUUCCGCAAAACUUUUCGGAGAAGAGUGAUGUAUACAGCUUCGGGGUGUUCUUGCUAGAGUUGAUUUGUGGCUGUGAAGCACAUAACAAAAACAUGUUACACCCAGAUGAAAAUAUAGCAUUUCAGGUAAAAAAUAGUGUUGACUUGGACAAAUUUGUUGACAUGACACUGGGAUACAAAGAAAAACAUGGUGCUAGACGAAUUUUGAUGUUGGCAUUGCAGUGUGUGGAUGCUACUCGCAGAAGACCAUCAAUGGCGCAAAUUGUGCUAGAGCUGGAGCGGAUUCAAAGAGAAAUCGUUCCCAUGUAUCCUCAAUUCAACGAUGAGAUUGGUGCCGUGACUCUUGGGAGUGAGCUCUUUCAAUGAUAUGCCUUGCCAUGUACGCAGUGCUACUUUAGAAACCAUUUUUAUUGUUGUUGCAGAACUUUUAUUGUUAUGCUUAUUGACUUAUUGUAGGUACGUUGGUCUUGAAACGAUAUUAUUCAUUUGUAAUUUGUAAUUAUUACAAAGUAAAUAAAAUGUUGAAAACAAGUAGGAACUAGAUUGGAUAUUAUAAAUU